AUGAGCUGCUCCAAGCGGGAAAAGAUUUGCGCUUGCACUUGUCACCGACGCAGACGGCUGGCUCCCAGCAGUGUGAGCCUCGCGCCAGCCCGUGGGGACAUGGAGAGGUGGGAGGAGAGUGGAAGUCCUGGGUCGAGUCUGAGUCCUCCGAUUCUACCAGCGGUCGCUCGCAGGCGAACAGCAGCUGCUUUUCUUCUUCUUGACUCUCCCGGAGAAGAUGAGCAGGCUUUGCUGACUCUUUGUAGCCAAGGACACGAUGAUGCCCAGACAGUUCCCGGCCACAAGCACCGGCUAGCUUCAAGUUUCAGCGGUCACGGAAGCCACUCUGACGAAGCGAAGGCUGUCGCCGGAGAUCUGGGCCAGUUCCUUCAUGACCCAUCAAAGAUCGCAGAUGCUUCUGCAUGGGCCAAGCUGAUGACCGAUGUAGCCGUGGUGGCAAACUUCGGUGCAUUGAUUCUGACGUUUCUCGGGGCCGCCUACCAUGCGUAUGGCUAUGUCCAACUCCGCAAUGCCCAGAAACAGGCAUCUCGCUCGCAAGGAGGAGGCGGAGGACACCAUUGA